UAAGGCCAAAGGUGAUGACAAUUUUUCAGUUUCAAAUUCAACAUGAAGCAGUUCGCAUUGUUCAGCAUUUUCCUUCUGAUUCUGGUUGUGGGAUUGGCCCAGAUGCCCCAGCAGGUUGCUGCCCAGGGGCAAAAUGGACCGCCUUUGGGAAUGCCGCCAAGGCCGCCAAGUGGCAACGGAAAUGGCAACCAGCAGGGUGGACAAGGACUAAACGGUCAAAACAACUAGAACUAGAAUGGUUUUAGGGUGGACACACCUCCUGGGCCAUUUCCCAGUUCUUUAAAUAAACACUUUCUUUUGCAAACUAAAAA